GGUUAGUGAAUUAUUUUUGGUAAGAAAGUAUAAAAACAAAAAGAGAAAAAAUAAAACAAAACACGAAAAAAAAAUCAAGAAAAGAGUGAAAAAUCUCUAGAAUUGUCCAGUUUAAACAUCAUGUCACGGAACGGUAAACGUCCUAUCGAUCAGCAGCCGAAACUACCCAUCUUUUACCAGAAUAUUAUAAGAAAACGAAAACGAUAACCCAUCUCCCUACUGCCUUCGGGCAUAAUUUUCCCAUAUCAACAGCGCCACCUGGACAAAAAAAGCCGUACUUUCUUAUAUGAAUCGAUGUUUGCUUUGCAACUACAUUAAUUUACACUCUCCGAGGUAAGAGAUGCCGUCGGCGUUUCAUUUCAAUUUUAUUGAUUCCUAGACGCUUCUUAACGCCAGAACGGAAGUAACGGCGGUGGCUGUGAGAGCGUUAGCGAUAUUGCGAGUUUUUCUCUCUUUUUCGUGUCUUAAAAAGCACGACGUCGUCGUAUUUAAUGGAUGCAGAAAAUAGAGCUGAUUGAGGACUAGAUGAUACAGAAAUAAGAUGAAAAAGAGAUAAAUUAAAAUGAAGGAAAGGAAUAAAAACGAAGGAAAUACGAAAGAUUACUACGUACCUAACCUAACUUUGGCAAAGGACCAAAUUGACGAAGGGAAAUGCUUUUACUAAUUUGGCCUUUCUGUCAUCACUUCUCUUUUGGUGAGAUGUCUCUUAAUUAGAAUGACAUAUACGUUCGUCUAGGCUGAGAAAGCUGACAAAACAUUCAAUAUAGUAUAAAAUGAAACCGUGGAAUUUUUAUGUUUUAUUCACCUUCGAUUAGUCGAAAUUCUCUUUGUCAAAUUAGAUUUGAUGAGGAGAAAAGGCCCUAACUCGGUGGGCCUAUUCGCUAGAUUCUUCUUUAAUAUAGCUUGUAAUGAACUUUAUAGAAACUGCCGAAUAGUUGGAACGGAACAGAUUAGACGUCGGUCGUCCCCAUUGAAAGAAGCCAAUAAUAGUUAUUUUGGUGGGUAAACAGCGGGAAAAAAAUUCUAAAAUGUUUGAUUUCUUUUGGCAGCCAAAAUGCUUUUCACCUUAACGUUUCUAGUUUUUUUAAACCGAUUUAGUUAAUCUAAUGAGAGUAAACAUAUAGUAUGUUCACUGUAUUAAAGGAUAGUUGUAAUCUCAUGUAAACAAACGAACAGUGAGCAAAUGUACAAAUGAAGAGUACUAAGGAUUCUAUUGGGGAUGUUUGUAGUAAUAUUAUAGUAAGAGCGUGGGAGUAUAGAAGAAGGAAGAUCUAGAGGAAAAGGAAUAAUACUAGACAUUCUCACGUGCUCUAAAUAAUUAGAAUUUAUGGGUAAGCUUAAUGUUAUUUGCAUAUUGGCCCGGUAGUGGAUCGAGAAACGAACCAGUUACGUACCAGAAGGAGCAGGAGAAAAACACACCAGGUUUAUAAAAUAGACAACUCCAACACGGUGUAAGAUUGGAGAAAAAUUACGAAAAACGGGCUGAAAAGAGUGAAAAAAAGAGUGAGACAAACAGAUAGAUGAAAUGAAAUCGGCCUAAAGUUGGAUGACAAAAGAGGAUCCUGACAAAUCUCUUAAAUCCCUUAUAGAAACUGAGUAAUCCUUGUUUGCACAUAACGCUUAACAGUAGCAGAUUGCAUUGAUUGUGCAUAGUACAUGAAAUCGAAAGAAAUUCCGUAACCAUCAUGCAAUUAACGAAGGAGAAAAGAGACCGACGUCUUUUAUUUAUUAAUUGAGCCUGUAGUCGGUUAUUGUUCUCCGUCGAUUCGGUGAAUGUUGAUGUUAAACGAAGGGGGAGGAGAGUAGAAAAUAGAAAAUUAGCCGUAUUUUUGUUAUCGAUCGUCGGAUCAAUAUAUUUUGUCGGGGUGCGGAGCGUUCUUUGACUUCCAUAAAUCACUUCCUUCGUAUGAAAGGAAAGUGCGAAGGAAGAACUCACCCUGAAGAGUUACAAAUAUUUAAAUAGGUAAUCUGAGAAACAUUGCCUAAGAGAAUAAAAAGAGGAGGUCGAGGAGAGGAGUUGAGUAUAGGGAAUAGAGUGGAUGGAGAACAAGAAGAUGCAGAGAAGGACCAAGCAUGAGGAAAAUAGAGAAAGAGAGAGAGAGAGAGAGAGAGAGAGUGUGUGUGUGUGUAAGAGAUAGUAGGCGAAAGAGAGCGAGGGAGAGAGGGAGCGAGUAAGGAACAACGAGGGAGAGAAAAAAAAUUAAAAAUAUAGGCAGGAGAGGUAAUAGGUACGGAGGAGAAAAUGAGAUUUAUAGUAGAAGCGUUUUUAUUUUAAUCUAUAAAUAACCUCUAUUUGUUUUCUUUUUCGUAGGCGGUCGAUAAAAUGCCUCAAACGAAGAAGCAAUCGUCGAAUGCAAAUGUGGACGAAGCAUACUACCUUUUCUCAGCCGCAGCCUUAGGUCUUGUGCUAAAUGCAGCCGUUUUAGCCUGUCUGCUGGCUAAGCGCCAACUCCGACGGAUGACUUCGGCAUUCGUCAUGCACAAUUGUCUAUUGGAUCUAAUUAAGAGCGCCUACUGCGUCCCAUUUGCUCACAGCCUACUCAAAGACGUUGCUCCAAGUUUCUGCACGGCUUUGGGCGGUUCUUACGUCGUCAUAGUAACUGCUUCUGGAUUUAAUAUGGUCGCAAUGAUUUGUUGUGAAGCAUAUACUUUCGGUGACAAACAGCGCGAAGGAUUCGGGAGAGAAGCGACGGGUUCGCUUUGUUGUGUUGUCUUUGGUAUAGUUAUGGUCUACAUUGGUAGCAUAAUUAUCCAUUUGGGACCUACGAUUAUCGGAGGCAACUUUAAUUAUAAUAAAUUGAUUGGAAACUGCAUUUUCGUGUAUGGACCUAUCAAGUCCUACGUCGUUCACGCCAUGUGGAUAGCCAUUAUGACAUUAGCCAUGAUAGCUGCCGUCUAUUAUCUGCUCUUCUUCUAUAGACAUUUGCACGCCAGCGCCAUCUGUGACACUAGGCAAUCGCGUGAUACUGUACAGGAGUCAUUAUCGAGAGCAAGAGUUCUCAUUACAAUCACCGCUUUGUUUAUUUUCUGUUGGUAUCCGUUAUUUAUACUAACAUUGGUCGAUCCAACUUUUAAUCAGCCUACAAGAAUAUAUAAAUUAUUGACUUUCGUCGCCUGGUCGCACUCGUCCCUCAAUCCAGUUAUUUUCCUAUUAUUUGAUAGAAGAAUCGAUUCAUGUCGGAAAAUGUGUUGUUCUUGCGGAUGCAGGCAGGUUCCUAGUCCAAUGCAAGUUCCACCAUCCCUCCGAUUAGCACCGCCCACUGUACAAGUAACACAAAUGUAUCAAAGAGUUGGCUGUCGAUUAUGUCAGCAAGGAAGAACUCAUUCAGAGCGAAUGUGUAACGGUUCUAUGCAGAAAACCAAUUCCGAUAACUUACCAAGUGUUGUUAGGGAUAGAUCAUUUUGUCAGUUGCAUGAUUUAUGAUUUAUAUACGCAAUUUAAUUAUGAAAUAUAUAUCUCUCUAUAUAUAAUUUUAUAUAUUUUGUAUUAUGAAAAAGUUGUCUAUAUAAACAUUUGGUGAACGUUUAAAGCACAUAGGUACAAUAGUACUUAUGGUGUAUAUAGCAGUCUAUACAGUAUAUACUGUACUGUUAAAUGCAUAUAAAAUUAUUAUCGACUCUUUAUUACAAAAAGGAAAAGCUUUCCUUUUUGCGAAAUCGAAUCAUUCUAAACAAAGUUGAUAUAUAUAAAUAUAACAGAAAAAGAGAAUAAUAAUAAAAG